GGCAGGCGGCGCGGCCGGCUGACCGCUGUCCGCUCGCUGGCGGCUAGUGGCGCGGUGUUCCCCGGCGCGUUGCACUCGCACACUCGCACGUCGUUCUCACUCCACUCUCGUCUCGGCUUCAACACAAUUCGGAGCUACAGAUUUUCCCGCCAAUUUUUUUCGCGCCCUUUUUCAAAUUAAAACUUUUUAAUUAUUGUCGACACCAGUGCGCAAAGACUAAAUUAUCAAUUGACAUAGUGAUGCGUUGUUUCGUUGUGUUAUUUAUUUUAUUUUUCGUUUUUCUACCGAAAGCAACAGAGGCGAUUCGAUGGUUAGCCUUGCACGAUAUUGAAGGUAAUUGGACAGAAAGUGACUGCUGGGACGCUAAACAAAAUGGAAUGCUAUGGAGUGACCAGGCGCGUGUGUGUAGGCGACAACCCACAGCGAUGCCGCACGUCGCGGCAGCGGCUAGGCUGGCAAGAUCGGCUUGCCUCUCUGCACAUACUGGUGAACGAUGGAACUGUUCGUCUAUUGAAUUAGCACCGAAAUUCACACCAGACUUACUCACAGGCACACGCGAGCAAGCAUACGUGUACGCGAUGUCGGCAGCCGCACUGUCUUGGACAGUGGCGCGGGCGUGUGCGUCCGGCGCGCUGGCCGCGUGCUCGUGCGCCGCGCCACCCCGCGCACCCCCGCGCCCUCCGCGCCAGGCCGCGCCACCCGAGCCGCACGCCCGCUUCAAGUGGGGCGGCUGCGGGGAUAACUUUCAGUGGGCCGAAAGAUUCGCAAAACAAUUCUUGGAUGCUCAUGAAAUUGAUAUCCGAGAUGGUAAUACAGAAGAGGACUUCGAUCUUGAAACUACUACAAUGGAUAAACCAACUACGAUACAUGAGCCAACUACACCACCGAUUCCAACAACGGCACCGCCAGUUGUUAUAUUGGUCGAUGAUCAACCUGCUUCGCCAAAUACUACCACAGCGACUCCAAGAAAAAAGGGUCGACGCGGUCGCAAGCGAUUGCCAAGAUCUCCUCGACGCGGGAGACCUACAAGGAAACGAUUCAGAGAACGAUACGAGUACGACGACAGAGGCUUCAAACAUCGCAACAUAGAAUAUCGUAUGGCUGCGGACGACCCUCGCUUUGACCCUCAAGUGGAUUUACAAACACGGCUCGAACGUUUACGUCCGCUUAUAGCUUCUGCAAACUUGAUGAACGGUCGCUUCGGUAGAAAAGUAAUAUCUAACGGCAUGCGAACAAAAUGCACAUGCCACGGCGUGUCAGGCUCAUGCUCGGUGCGCACGUGCUGGCGCUCGCUGGCCCCGCUGCAGCGCGCCGCGGCCGAGCUGGCCCGCGAGGCGGCGCGCGCGGGCCCGCUGCGAGCGCGCCGCCGCGCCGCCAGGCCCAAGCCGCGCCUGCGAUACGUCACGCCCAGCCCGGACUAUUGCGAGCCGGACCCCGCUGCCGGAUCGCUUGGGACCCAUGGCAGAAAAUGCAACGCAAGCCUGGGCAACGCGGCGGGCGGGUGCGGGCGGCUGUGCUGCGGGCGCGGGCGGCGCGCGCUGCGCCACUCGCGGCUGGAGCGCUGCCGCUGCCGCUACCACUGGUGCUGCCGCGUCGACUGCCAGCUCUGCCGCGUCACCAGCGAGGAACAUUACUGCAACUGACCGCUUUCGCAUGCCACAUCCGUGCUAAAUCCACUGACACGUCAUUUUGUGAAGCGCCGAUUCGAUAAUAGUGGUGCCGUUUGAUGUGUUAAUACUCGGCCGACUGUGUGCUUAAUACAUAUUUUAUUAUUAAAAUUGUUAUGUUAUUUUGAGCUUACAAAUUGACACAGACCUUUAAUGGACUAUAUCAGAAUUGUGAAGCAUAUUUUAUAUUUUAAUUUUAGAUAUGGCUUUAAAGCAAUACAUAAUAUUCGAAGAGUUCCAUUAUGAAAAUGUGUGGAUUCUUCAUAUCAGCACUCAACGUAUACCUCUUGUAACACCUAUGUUAUUUGCUUUGAUAUUUCCAUACAGUCAGCUUCUAUCAGACAUAAGACGGUCUUCCUAAACAGAAUCGUAUAGAUCCGAAGCUAGAUAUCUACUUGCCGAUGUCCUAAAUAGUUUCAGUUUGGUUUCAAUACGUACCGUUUUGGUUUUACAAGCAAUCGAGCCAUAUAAUCCUGCGUACGUAGUAUACCUACUACAUAUCUUUAUCUGAUUUCAAAAAAGCUAUAUCGAAUCUAUAACUUACUGAAUGACGACUUCAAGCCUCUCUCUCUAAAUAAAACAUUUACAAUGUCUUUCUUUUAAGAACUAUUACAAAAUAAAUCUUUUAGUAGUGCCACCAAAGAAAUUCCUUUGCGUACAAUAAUGUACUAGUCAUUUUUUUGGAAUUGAUGUAUAAUUUCGUAGUUUAUAAAAUCUUAUGUGAAAGCUUGUAGAAAUUAUUCUAAUGUAAUGUAUUUAUUUAUUUAACAUAUAAAUCGAUGUUGUACUUAUAAUAUUCACUUUUAAUUAUUUAGCAUAGAUAUUAGACUAUUCUGUACGACAAUAAAUGUUUGUAGUUUAGACGUAGGUGUGAUAGAUAUUAUGCAUGUAUUUCCGCACAAAUUUAAGCCAUUUAACUUGUAAAUAAAGUUUUAAAAAUCAUGAUCUUAAAUGUUGUAUGAAUUAGGAGACAACGAUAUUAGAAAUAAAUUAUUUCCCUUUGUCGUCUCGACUGUAAAUAAAUUCGUAC